UGGACGGUACGAUAAUUCAGAAAAUACAUAUUCGAGAAGAUCGAUAAUCCAAAAGUCUCGAGAUGUCCUUAGGACAUCUAAGAUACUCAUACUGUUUGAGUCAAACACCGUACCCUUAUAAUCCAAUGCCCACUCAAGAUACUAUGAUUCUUUCUUCAAUUUGCAUGUCAUUCUUCGACUAUCUGUCUUCAUACAGGACAAGAGUUGUACAGUGAAACAUGGUUGAAAGUUGAUGAUCUAAAACUUUUCAUGUCGUUUAAUCUCCAUAUCCUCACGACGGAGCUUUCCAAGAGUUUUCUAACUCUUUUACGAACAAAAGAACUGCAUGCUUUUAUUACCAAAUCCCAUCUUGCUUUCGACCCAUUUUACGCAACUAGAAUUGUUAGGCUCUACUCCAUCAAUAGUAAACUCGAUUAUGCCCGCCAUUUGUUUGACAAAACUCCCAACCGAAGUGUCUACCUCUGGAACUCAAUCAUUCGAGCUUACGCGAAAGCCCAUAAAUUCGGGGAUGCGUUGUCUCUGUUCCUCACAAUGUCUGCAACUGAGACUUUGCCCGAUAACUUCACCUAUUCAUGCAUCAUAAGGGCAUGUUCUGAGAACCACCAUAGAGAAUGGCUUAAAUUUGUUCAUGGACGGGUUUUAGUAACUGGGUUCGGAUUAGACCCUAUUUGUUGCAGCGCUCUAGUGACUGCUUGCUCAAAUCUAGACCUUAUUGAAGAGGCUACCAAAGUGUUUGGUGGAAUGCCGCAUCCAGACUUGGUUAUGUGGAACUCAAUCAUUUGUGGAUUUGGGUCUUGUGGGUACUGGAAUCAGGGGCUCUUGUUAUUUUCUAGGAUGAGGAAUCUGGGAGAACAUCCCGAUGGAUACACGGUAGUUGGCGUGGCAUCAGGUAUAGCAGAACCCAGCCUACUGAGCACUGGCAAAGGUAUUCAUGGACUUUGCCUCAAGUAUAAUUUUGACUCCAAUGAGCACGUUGCUAGUGCACUUGUGAGUAUGUAUUCGAGGUGUAAUUGCAUGGAUUCAGCAUAUUUAGUAUUUAGUAGUUUGUUACAGCCUGACUUAGUUACAUGGUCUGCUUUAAUAACUGGGUAUUCUCGAGCUGGUGAUUUUAGGAAAGCAAUGUUGUUCUUUCAGAAGCUGAAUAUGCAGGGUAAGAAGAUGGAUUCUAUUCUGAUUGUCAGCAUUUUGGCUGCUACUGCUCAAUCGACCAACAUAAGGCAUGGAAUUGAGAUACAUGGUUAUGUUCUUCGAUCAGGGAUAGAAUCAAACGAGAUGAUAUCUUCUUCUCUCAUAGACAUGUAUUCCAAGUGUGGUUAUUUGAAUUUAGGAAUUCGUGUUUUUCACGUUAUGCCACAAAAAAGUAUCUCGACAUACAAUUCUGUAAUAUGGGGACUUGGUUUGCAUGGACUUGCAUCAAAGGCAUUGGAAAUGUUUGAGGAGUUGUUGACCAUUGGUUUAGUGCCUAAUGAGUCCACUUUCUCUGCUCUCCUCUGUGCGUGCUGCCAUGUUGGUCUUAACUCUGUUGGCAAGGAGAUUUUCAAACGGAUGAAAGAUGAGUUUUGCAUCAAAUACAGAACAGAGCAUUACGUUUACAUUGUAAAACUUCUUGGGAUGACUGGGGAAUUAGAAGUGGCUUACAAUCUUAUCAUGUCCUUACCAGAGUCUGUAGACUCUGGUAUUUGGGGAGCUCUACUCUCUUGCUGUGAUGCUUGUGGGAACGUUGAACUGGCUGAAGUUGUUGCUCAACGGCUCAUAGAAAAUGAUCCUGACAAAACUGCUUAUAAAGUAAUGCUCUCUAACAUUUAUGCUGGAGAUGGGAGAUGGGAUGAUGUGAAGAAGUUAAGGGAUACAAUGACAGAAAAAGAACGAGGAAAAUUGCCUGGCCUUAGCUGGAUCUGAGAGUUUAAUGUUUGUUGGCAGGUACAUUCGCUUGGUCAUCAUUGAUCAUAUUUCAAUAAUUUACAGAAGCGAAUGUCACCAUGUGAAGGGAUGAUUCCUUUAAAUUAUGGCUAUUUUCUCCUGGUUUUGAAGAUGCCACCAGUGAUCUUUGGAUAUUUACUUCAGGUGCAUCAAUGUUGAUCAAAGGAGGUAAAAAAUGUAAAAUGAAAAGGGUUCCGAAAGAUUGGGAUUAUGCCAUCAUGCUAAGUUUGAUCAAUCUUAACUCAAGGUCAACUUGGUUAUAUCUUAUAACAAACAGAUUGAUUAUUCUUGAAGUUGGGAUUGAGAUUUUGUCCAUCGUUUUAAGUAUUUAUGCUUGAACUUCGAUAGGAAUCUGAUGGAGGAUGUUGCUAUAUCUAAAAAGCAAAUGACUAUAGGAAGGAAGAAAUGACCGAUUGUCUAAAAAUUCAAAUGUCAACAACCACUUUAUAUCUGAAAUUGUUGAAAAGGACCAAAAAGUUCUUAUGGUCGAGACGAUAUAACUCUUUUCGAAGUGUUGCAUUUUGAUUGUUGCUUUAAUGCAGCAUAUGCAGAUUUUUGAGUGCCUCAAGAACCACUUGCUUUAUGGCUAGUGCAGGAUCCCACGUCAACGUAAUGGCUAAAAUAUGGAGUUCGUCUUUGUUGAUUUUUGGGACAUUGUGUUGCAACAGUGGGAAAUGAAACCUAAAGAAAUUCCCUGGCUCUCCAUGCUGCUGAUUCUGUUGCAAUUGGCUUCACGAUAUAGCACCCAUUGUUUGAACUGCAAGAACUUAACAUUCCUGUUAUAGUGCCAUCAGAACCAGGAUAGUCCACGGAAAAUCUUCUCUCUUUUUCUUGCCUCUUAGCUCUCUUCCUUAGACUCUGUCUCUUCAAUAUGGAGUCCAAUGUUGCUUUGCUACUUCUAGCAUUCAGCGGCAUCGGAAUUGCCUCAAGACCCAUCAACUUGGCUACCACUCCUGGUUUGCGCCACACGACAUUCUCCCCAGCUAUUGUUGAUGGCAACCGUAAGGCUGUCUCCAAUGUCAAGUUGAACUCAUUAUCAUGAACUCUCCCUUUGAGACCAUACUCACAGCAAACUGAUUUCCUCCCAACCCUUUCAGCAACAUCCAAGUUCCUAAAUGAAGAUCGAUACAUUGCAUCCUUUCCAUCAAGAGAAAACCGAGGAUACUGAUUCAAAGCAUUUCGUGCAGAUCGCAGGAUAUCCGAGUUGUUUACACAUGACAUCCUGCCCCGCAUCUCAUCAUAGUUGUAGAGUUUUGCUCUUCUUGCUGUCUCCUCCUCUAAUUCCAACUGCAAAAUCAUCUCCUCCAAGGUUGGCGGGGUUUGUCUGCAGUGCAGGUCGGGCGAAAUGGGGAACUGAUCCUGGUUGGUUUUGUGUUGGUUGAGAGUGGAGGUUGAACCGUCGCCAUUGCAGAAAGUUCUGAAGCCUUUCCUCAUCUUUGCAGCCAGAGAAUUCUUGAAGAGAAAGAAGGAUAACUCUUUCAUUUUGAAUGCAUGAAGAAGGUCGCUGCAGGAUCAAAACUUGGAGGUAGAAUCCGACUUUUCUAAUAAUUUUACCAUUUUUCUUUGUUUUGAAGAUGAAUUCUAAACACAAAUUUGCCAUAAAACUGUGAAUUGAAUGAAUGAGAGCGGUGUGGUCUUUGAUUCAAA